CGCGCGGAGAACAGAACAGUGAGGCGUUUCUGUUUCUGAAGAGAGAGAGAGAGAGAGAGAGAGAGAGAGAGCGAGCAGGCGGACAGCUAACUAGCGGCCACUAAAAUAAUCUAAUAAAAUAAAGAUGUGUGUGUUAGAAAUGUUUCCCGAGGAAUCCCGAGAGAGCUGAAGACAGGAAGACGCUCGCGCACUAAGAGGGAAUGUUUCCUGUCACAAAAUGCGACUUUUUCACUUUUCCUUGGUGUUUACUUUUAUAACAGGACUGAACACAUCAGAGGAGGAUCCUGAUCCAUCUCAGAUUCCAUACCUGGACUCCAGCAGUGACCUUGCGUCUCCCUCUCGGGACGGUUCCACCGGUGUGACCCACCUCCUGGACGUUUUUGGGGUCAGGAAUGCGCACACGCUCCAGACGGUGAGUGUACGUCAGGGUGGAGGCCACUCUGGAUUGGGUGAUAAGACCAGAUUCCACUUUGUUCCACAGGAAAGCACACACAAUGGACAGGAUAAAGCUGGAAGCGUGAUCUCUGACCUCGCUCACACAGCUACGCACUCGCUCACUGAUUCCAGGCUCUCGUUUACAGAAAAGGAACAAGACUCCAGUGCUGAAACACAAUGGCCAGGACUUUCUGGUCACACACUGACCACAGCCACGAGCACUGAUUCAAAUACGGGUGCAAACACGCUUCCACAUACCACAGCAGUGCACUCGGAUAUUCGCCACGACACGGACACGCCUUUACUUCUCCCUGAUGUACUCACUGCACUUGACUCAAAAAUCUUUCACAGUAAUGACAUCACCGUGAUGUCAUCAGCACCCGUGGUCAGUCAGUCUCAUUCAACCACUCAUGGAAAUAGAGCUACAGCAACAGAACUCGAGAUGUCUGAAUCGCACGGAUUUCGCAAUGUCCCCGAUGGACGUGACACUUCAGUGAUGUCAUCAUCAUUCCCAGCCAAUGAGGGACAGACUGCGGCUCAGCGUUCGAGCGAAACUUUCUGGACUAAUAGUCUUCCUCAAACAAAUCACAGAAACCCAAACUACCCAGGUUUGUCUGUUACUGAUGUCUUUCUAAACGACUCCGUGUCGGAUCCCGAGCUCUCCGAGUCCAACAGUGUCACGUAUCUAAGUGACGGUGCAGUGAGGUCAUCAGUGUACACAGACACAGGGGAAACAGGGGUGGGCCGAACGAACCGCAUACCUCGAUCGACUCAUAUUAACAAAAACCUGUCUGGUCAUACAGCCUCGUCGCUUUUUGAUGAUGUGAGCACCAUGACUGACACUCCUCCAGCUUCUCUUUCAUCUCGUCAGAUGGAUACAGCAACACUUCCUGACGAUUCAGGAAAUGUAUCUACGGUAAACAGGAAAAGGAUGGAGUAUUACUCACACACUCCGUAUUACACCAGUUCCCCAAACACACAGACUCAGUCAGCUCCUGCACAAGCUUCACACACCGUCCACACCCAAUACGCUACAGUACAAACCACUGACCAACAGAUGAGUGACUGGCACACACACACACACACGUCUCUUCCUACACACUCGGAUUCACGCUCGAGCUCCGUUACACCGACAGGACGGGACUUCAUCUCUACAUCAGCUUCACCUUCACCUAACACACUGAGUCAGGGUGAUCCCAGUAACCCUUCCACAGUGCAGACCAGCUGCUGUACCAAGACCCAACAGAAUAAUCUGACCACCACGCUCGGUCCAAUCACAGUUCCAUAUGAAACAACGGACACAAACUCUAUCCCUGUGUCUGAAUUACAGACGCGAACCGAUAACGAUAGCACUAAUGUGAUCACAGAAAUGAACACUCUUACAUCAGAUUUAAAUACUCUGCCUCAUGUGACAGCUCUGAGCACUGACUCUCGACCAAUGACGGUCACACAUCACGCUCCAUCAACAUCUAGGAACGAUCCUGUGACAGUGACCACUCCGAGUCCUGCUGUUACACCACCGCCAUGUCUGAGUACUCCGAGUCCUGCUGUUAGACCACCGUCACAUCUGACCACUCCGAGUCCUGCUGUUACACCACCGUCACGUCUGACCACUCCGAGUCCUGCUGUUACACCACCGUCACGUCUGACCACUCCGAGUCCUGCUGUUACACCACCGUCACGUCUGACCACUCCGAGUCCUGCUGUUACACCACCGUCACGUCUGACCACUCCGAGUCCUGUUGUUACACCACCGUCACGUCUGACCACUCCGAGUCCUGCUGUUAGACCACCGUCACGUCUGACCACUCCGAGUCCUGCUGUUACACCACCGUCACGUCUCACCCCUCCGACUCCUGCUGUUAUACCAUCACGUCUCACAUCUCCGCUGACGCACACCUUCGACACAGUUACCACCAACAGACCAUCGACUAACCUUCACACCACUCAGACGACGACCAGACAGGCUGAGACGAGAAUUCCGAACCAUCUUGCUACAAGCAAGAUCAUCCAGCAGCCAGACACAACAACAACAACAACACAACAAGUGCACACAAACACUCAGGCUGGAACACACACACCUUUAUCCCCUCUGACCAAUCAAACGUCUUGGCAUCGCACGUUCACUAGGAAAACUGACAAAGACCGGUCACACAAGGGGCGGGUCUUCAUCAUGGACGACCAACCAGCAAUCAUCAAGCUGGAAACGUUCCAGGUGCUCCUGCAGGUGAUACUGGAGGAGAACUCACCCCCGUAUGCAGGACUUGUGGAGGUGGAGCCGUUUCUACAAAAUGUAGCAGGAUACCAGAGCCAGCAUGUUACCUGGCACAGUGGUCCAGUUCUGCAGUCUGUGGUCAUCUUCAGGACAGCGGAGGCCGUCUCAUGGCUUGAGAGGGCAGAGUCUCUAUUGGAGGAGGUGGGGCUGAAACCACUUCCAGCAGGGGGCGUAUUUGUGAGCGGCGUCCGGGUGAAAAACAUCACAGUGGGAGGACUGCACAGUGACCUGUGUUCUUGGUUGUUUUCUUGUCCAUCCCACUUCUCCUGUGUCUCCUCUGAGGGAAAUGUCACCUGUAGGUCAGUGUGCCACUCUGAGUACUGCAAGAACCAUGGCAUCUGUGUCCAUCGGUCUGGACAGAACCCAGUCUGCCAAUGUCCUGUGGGUGAGGAUUUCUGGUUUAUGGGUCAGCGCUGUGACCUCCGUAUGACCCGACAGAGAUUAGCCGGGGUGUGUUCUGGGGUUUUGGCCGCCAUAGCAGUGCUGAUGGGGCUCCUGGCUUAUCUCGCUGUGCAGCGCUUUAAGAAAAUGCUUAUACAAGCCAAAGCAGAGCAGACGCAGAGCAGUUACCGCAGAUUUAACCACUUUGAUGAGCUGUCAGCUCGUUUCUGGAGAAGAUCCUGGCCUGGAUCUCGGGACUCUCUGGACAACACCGCGUUCACCCGUUCUGAUGAGUUACUGCAUAUGAGAGCAAUGGACCGGGCCUGCUGUUACCAUGACGACACACUCUCCCUCGCCUCCACCUACCAAGAUAGUGUUGCGCACCUCAAUACAGUGUAUCCUCACAGUUCUCAGUAUAACUGGGACAUGAGCACCUGCAGCCUGGCGGACGGUGUGGUGGAUUCAGGAAAGGCGAGUGACCUGUCUGUGUGCAGCUGGCCCAUUGAACCCAUCCAGUGGACACCUUUCCCUUUACUGCAGCAACUCAGAAAUACAAACACGGUGAAACCGUCUCGUCCUCGAUCGUACUGUGAGGGUAUGGAGCUGGUGGGUCUGGAGAAGAGCCGGACGGCAUAGUGAAGGACUCAUGAAGGUCACAACACACACUCAGGACUCAGGACACGCUCUGAGCAUCAUGAUGUAUUUACUUGAACAUGUAGAAGUGGUCAGCUAUUUCUGUGGUCAGCACUCUUUCAUGAUGAAAGAUUAUUCUGGUGUUUUUGAUAUAAACUGAAUUAAACAUCACUCUAUAGA